AUGGUAGCGAGAGCAUUCUUCGUUCAUCUGGGCGGAGGCUUUGGGGAUGAAUCGACAUCUACAUCUGCUGCCAACGGUUGCUGCUUCCAGGAUAAAGUCGAUCUGAUACAAAAGAAAGGAAAGGUACUCUCAAGUGAGAGGGAAAAAAAGGAAAACAAAAAUUCGAAUGGCUUCGGCAAGGAGGAAGUGAACUGUGCUGCAGAGGCACCAAAAGGAUACAAAAAAGACUCAUUGUGUGAUCCUACUUCUGAGGUUUGGCUCCUAAAUCAGAAAGAAUCUUAUUGGAGUUUAAUAGAGUCCGAAAAGAGGAUGUCAAGGAGGAGAAUAGAGAAAGUGUUGUUUAACGACAAGGAGGGAAAUAGCCUCACUGCUGAAAGAUCAGCAGAGCCUAAAAUUAUCAUAAAAGGGAAGCGGAAAGUAGGAAUUGGCUUUGGAUGAAAAGAUUCAAGCUUCAAUUUCCGAGACUUUUCGUCGCCAAUCGGAAGCUCUAUGGAAGAAAAUGGCAACAACCAAUGGAGCAUUGACUUCAGCUGCAGGAAGUCAGGCCAACAACCGAAAUCUGAGGCGUGGAAGAAACACUAGAUGCAGUAUAGUCUUUGCUUGUUGCCUGAUGAAUUACAUUUGUGUUUACUUUAUUAGCUUGUAUUGAAAUUUAA